CCCUAAUGCUAUGACAAAUAUUGAGGCUCUAAGCCUCUAUCAAAAUGGUUUUAAACGCCGCUGUGCAAAUGUUAAGGGAGGCUGAUGAGCUGAAAGAGAAGAUUUUGAAAUUCAAGAGUGGGACCUCUAUGCUACAGGAGCGCAGUAUUUGGGCCACACAACAGCAAUUACAAAAGGUGUAUCAGAAGGUGUUAGUGUUAGACCUGGACUAUGCGUUGGACAAGAAGGUGGAACAAGACCUAUGGAACAUCGGCUUCAAGCAGCAGAUUGAGGCUCUGCAGGCCAUCUCCAAAGAUAGAAAGAACCCAUUACGUAGCGAAGGGCAGGCAAUGCUGUCAUGGCUGCUGCAAGCGGCCACUGGCUUCUACCUGUGCCUGCUGCAUCAGAUUUGCACUACUUUCAAACUUGACCUGCCAUUUAGACGACGCGCGUCGCUCCUAGGAUGGGUGGAGGGGUGGGGUGCGGGCGGCAGCGGGUCUGGUGCUGGAGGCGCGCGAGUCCCGCCGCCAGCCGCCGCGCGCUACAUCUGCCAGCACUGCCUCGUGCAUCUUGGCGACCUGGCACGCUACCGCCAGCAGCUACGCGUCGCUCAUACUUUCUACAGACACGCGCUAGUACUUUCGGCCCACUCCGGCCAGCCGUACAACCAACUGGCGCUGGUGUGGUGGCGGCGCGGGCGCCGGCUGGGUGCGCUGUAUUGGCACGUACGCUCGUUGCUCGUCCGAGCACCUUUCCCGCCCGCGCCCACCAACCUCGCGCGCACGCUGCAAGCUGCGGCUGCAGCCGCUACCAGCACUCGGGAGCUGAAAGGCCUGUCGGUGCUGCCCGUGUUGCCGGGCGUGACCCCCGCCCCCGCGGAAACGGUUGCGGGCGCCGCAGGCCGCCUCGACGCGCAUGCGUACGUCAGCGGGCUCAUACGCGCCAUGCAUCUCAUACACAAUGUUGAAGAGUUGGAAACGGCAUCAACGAUAGUGGAGUCUCUGAAUUCAUCUCUAACUGCACUGGUAGCUACGGACAGCUUCGAAUCCAUGACACUCAUUAAGAUGGCCGUGGUAAUAAUCUGGCUCGUCCAUUCAUCAACGGAGGACCUGAGCAUCGGCAGCAACGCGUUGUCCGAAGGGGAGGCGAAAGCAGCGUCUCUAGCGGAGUCCUUGGCCGCUGCUGCUGUGCUGGCGUUGCUACUGCCGGCGUAUACUGCUGAGGAACCACCGCAGCGCGCGUUGCCUGCUCUGCUGGUGUGGCUGCAGUGGCUGUCGACGCACGACCAGGUGCUGCUGAGCGCGGCGUGGGCGGCGCGGCCGCAGCUGUGGGCGGCGCUGGCGCACGCGCUCAACCGCCUCGCGCCCUGCGCGCAGCAGCUGCUCGCCAACAAGUAUGAGACGGUACCCCUUCCCGAAGAAGAGGAGCUGCACGGUUUUCUGCCACUGGAGGAAGCACUAAAAGGCCUGCGCUUCGCAGACCACGCUGCCUGGGACACUUAUGGUGGAAGGCUGCCAGAUGACCUUCCUGACAACGAGUCGCCUUGCGAGGUGUCUUCAACCUGUUUGAGUAACGAGCCAGAACUGGAACACAAGGUUCGCGCGUACCGCCUCAUUCAGCUCGCUAAGAAGCUCGCCCAUUUACGCCCUGAACAUCUUACUUAUAGAGAAGAGGAAAACCUCGUGACCCUGGAGGCGUCGUUCGUGGGCGGCGAGCAGCUGUCGGCGCUGCUGGCCGAGCUGUCUGCCGCCACGCAGGCGCGCAGGGCGGGCGGCGCCGGCGCCGACACCGCCGACGACGAGGGCGACAGCGACGACGACCAGGCGCAGCCGCCGCCGCCGAUCGUCAUCUCCGAAGCCGACUUCAGGGAGAAAGUUCGCGAGAAACGCGUAGGUAUUCUCAAGCCCCAAGGAUCGCUGGAGCGAGCACGCGAAGAAAGGGCUUUGGCCAGUACGCAGGAUGAACUGGAAAUUGAAUGCAAUGAAGACAAAGGUGAGGACAAGAAAGAAAUUCGCAAACCGCGCGUCAACAUUGCAAUGGCCGCCAUCAUGCGGAAGCAGGAAGAGACCAACAAACAGGUGAAAUUCGUAACACCACCACCAACACCAGAUUCGAACCCCGACACCGACGUCAAAGAUGACAAACUAAAAGUGAUACAACCCAAAGCUAUCAAGUCCCUCGCUAACCUCCCCAUCGGCAGAAAGACGGGCGGAAUACUCUCGUUAAAAGACAAGUCUGCUGGAUACCCGCACUUGGUCAACACGGAUCCUGAACCCAAGAAAGAAGAUGAGAAGAAGAAGGAAAUUAAGCCAAAUCAAUCCAGUCAGAAUUCCCAACAGAGCUUUCAGAAACGCAUUGACCACCCACCAUCGCCGAACUGGGGUGCCAACAUAACCCCACCCACGUUUGAAGUUCCGAGAAUGAACUUCCCGAAAACUUACGGAGUUCAGAAUCCAGGCUUGAGCUACAGUCCUGUCGUGUAUCAACAGCAUACCAACAACCAAGGGAUAAGACUCCCAGUCGUCAAUCCUAAAGAAAUCGAUGUUAGAACUGCUGCGUUACAGAAGCAGAACUCGAGGCAUGAGUUAUUCCAAGAUCCUCACAAGUUCGGAAACCAUAAGUACCAAGUUACAGGCGACAAGAAGAACUUCUUAAGUGAUCUGCCGCCACGAUUCGCCAAUCAGUACCGCUACUGGCAAAAUCCUCCUGAUAACCAGUUUAACGAUAACAAAUUCAGGGAAGAAAACUUAAAAGCGACUCCUUUUAACCACCAGCAACAGCGUCCUUGGAACCCUGUCCCUGGACAGAUGCACGAAAGUUAUCCUCAAGCCAAUCCUUGGUGGAAGCCGGAAAACCCACCACCUAACUUCAACUACUCUGCUCCACCAAUGAAUUUACAACCGAACUUUUACUCACCACAUCUUGCAUCAAAUAUGGCGAAUCCUUAUCAAACCAUGCCGUCGUUCAACCAAAUGUCAACAAAUCAAAGUAUAGGCGACAAACCUCAAAACUUGAUGACUCAACCAAACUUCUUACAAUCGACAAUCGGGCAACCGCAGAUGCAGACCUUGCAGAAUUUAGUGACGUCACCCACUUUCAAUUCGUCAUUGAACAAUUUCGGUAACUACGCACCUGCAGUUGGCUACGAUUCUUCGAUGUACCCUCAAUUUAGUAAUAACAAGCUAGGAUACCAACCUAUGCAAAUGAAGAUGAUGGAUAAGCCUCAAAUGGGGUACCAGGGAAAAGAUCUUAUGGACAUGUCUGGACUGGGAUUCGGAGCUAAUAUACUGGACAUGCAACAAAGGAAUUUGAAUAUGAGCUUCAAUGACCCGUUGGCUACGGAUGUGGAUAUAAUCAAGAACUUGGAUCAGAACGGCGAGGCGAGCGGCAUUCAAGAAGCACCAAGCAAUACGUACUCGUUAUUCAGCGGGGCGCCCGACACUUCCGCCUGGAACUCGACUCAACGCACUACGCAACAGUCCUUGUGGUCAGGACCAGGGCCAUCUCCCCUCGAGCGUCUUCUAGAGCAGCAGAAGCAAAUGAAGCAGCCUCCUGCGCCGCAGUGACCGCACCCACUCGAGGAAUCUGGAUGCACUUAACGCGAGGCACCAAAUAAAGAACUACAACUGAGAAACUACGACUCAAUUCACCUAUCUUUAAAAAUAUUAAGUCAACACUGGCUGUGCUCCAAACGCCAUAAUAUAAUUAAUAUUAACGGUGCAAUUAAGUCGAAGUUUCAUUCUCGUUCUUUGAUGUGGAUGAAAAAAUUUUACGUUUUAAAUAUACAGAUCGUGGCCCAGCCUGCUCCUGUUUUAUAUAUUUUUGGUGCAAAAUAAGAAAAUAAUAUCACCAAGAAUUUAAGUAUGGGAAUUUUUAACUGUUCAAAAACUGUUCGAGUUUAUAUGGCUAUACAGUGUUGAUUUAAAAAAAAUUGUGUAACAUUUGCCAAAAACUUUUUUGUAACUGCAAUUCUAAAUUACGUCUCUUAAUGUAUGAAUGUGACUUGUUUUUUUUUUAAAUUCAAUUUUGCUGUUUUUGCGGCCUCUCUAAAACAAAACUAGUCAACAGUAAUACGCGAUAAUAGUGUUGACAAACUGCUUAGUUGUCUUUUUGAAAUUUGUUUGACAUUGUUGUCGUGUAUUGCUAGGACUUCUGAGAAAAACAGCGGCUGGUUUUUAUCGAAAUAUUCAAAAUUAUUUUGGUUGUAAAAACCAAUAUGUGAUGCUAACAAAUACAGUUCAAGUGUGAUGUAUUAAAUGUUUAUAUAAUGUGAAAUGAAAAUCACGGGUUUACUUGAUAAUAUCGAGUCGUAUUCUACGCACAAUCCAGUUAGUGUAGUUAGGGAUACAUACAUUUUUUACCGUUUUUAUGUCUAUUCGUAAUUGCAGUACCGGAUUGUGAUAUUUAUUUACGUUAUUUACAUCUAAAUGUAUUGUAACUUGCUCAAUGGUUCUUUGAAUGCCUGACUUGGUUUUGAAACUCGGGUCUAGAGAGUGUGAGAAAUACACUAGAGUGAGACGGGUAAUGUUCUCCGUAUAAUGUUUUGAUUCCCUCGUGUAGUUCUAUCUCGUUUAGUUAUUUAAUUCAGAGCCUCCAGGAUAUUAGGCUCUGGAAUGGAAGUGAAUUUUUGUAAUGAAAUUGUACAUAGCAUAAAGAAUAUUAUGUCUGCACGAGAAUUCUCCGAAAGACGCGCGACCUGUUUUUUGACUCGUAUCUAUAGUAUGCAUCAUAAUUAUAUAUCUGAAGGGGUUAACCGAGCAAAAAAUACAUUUUGAAUGGUAGUUUCUAUUUUUGACGAUAAUAAUCGUUUAGAAUUCUUUUGAAGCUGUAAUCUGUUAAAACUUGGAACAAUUCACAUUUUUAAAUAUAUAUUUUUACUUAAUUUCAUUUAAUGAAAUGAUAAUAAUAAAGAAGUUUGUUUUAGGUCGUAAAUAUUUUAUGA